UAGCUAUAGAAUUUGUUUUGGUAUCGUUGUUGCUUUGCUAGCAUUACAAUUAAUUAUUUAGCUAAAUGAAAUAUAGGUGAUUGCACUUCGGACUUUUUACGCACUUUGAACACGCAAACUGGCUGGCAAAAGCAUGGCUCAGCUAAAGUCAUCCACUUCGAACGAAGCGAAAAGUGACACAUAUUCCAAGCUCAACUUCGAACCGGACGAUGAGGAAGUGUCGAUGAUAUUCGGGUUCGAGGAAAACGAUGCACGCCAGAAGCUGCAUAACUUUCCAAAAUGUUCGCGCUUGGUAAUCAGUCCCGACCUGCAGGCCGAACUAGGUAUGGAGAUUGGCACUGCCGUCAGCGUGGAGCAUCCGUGGAAGGAGAUCAAGAAGGAGAUGCUGGAGGAUCACCUCCCCGGGAAGACGAAGGUUCAGCGGCAGCUGAAGGACAAGCUGAAGGACAUGGAACCGGGCAAGCUGAUACUGGUGGGCUAUCUGCCCGACCAGAGCACCGAGGAGGAGGACCUGUUCGCGGUCUUCACGGACAAUCGGGAAACGCGGGAAGCCCGUGAGCUGAUCCGUCGCUUGGAGUUGGUGGAGCGGCUGUCCGCGGCCGCAGCAAUGAGGAAAAAGCCGCGCCGAUGGCAGACACGUGGCAGUGAGCAGGAUGUGGAGAACUUUAUACCGCAGAAGCGCACGAACGUUGUGAACGUGGAGUCGCAAAGCAUCUACCCGGCACAGCGCGUUAGCUCUUACCACUUUCAGCUGCGUAUGGUUGGGGAUGCACGUGAUGGAUACGUGGAGCUCGUGCCGAAAACCGUUUUCCAAAACAUUGUACGCAAGUCGAUAGAUUUCGGUGUCCAGUUACGUCCACAGAAGGUACACAAGUUCCAGCAAACGGAUCCAACAUUUCCCACCAAUGCCUGGUCCCAGUAUCUGUACGAGAUUGGUAAUGAGCGGAAGAUGGCUAGUGGCGUGACGACGUCGACGGCGAUGGUGGGUACCGGUGGAGCCGACUGUCAGCCAAUAUCCCCUAGCGAUCAUGUGGAGCAACUUCUGCACACGCUGGAAUUUAACCAGAUUGAUAUGUACCGGAACGACUAUCCGAUCAUUUCGCGCCACAAGUCUAUCACCAAGUAUGAGACACCCGUGGUGGAGGAGACAAUGUGCUUCAUGGAUCGAUCUACCUGCGCCAACAGGCAUGUGUCCGCCAUCGAGUGGCAUCCUCAGCUGACAGGUAUGUUUGUGGCCGCCUAUGUUCACCACAUUCCAAGCGUGGUGAUGGCGGUACCAAGAUCCGGAAAUGCAACUUCCAUCCCGGAGGGCGUAGUUGGUAUGCGGACGAUACCGUCCGGGGCAACGGUUGGUGCUGGCAGUAGAGAAGACGCAGUUAAUCGGCUUGUCUUCGAGAAAUGUCCCGUGCUGGCGUGGAAUUGUGAGGAAUCGCUAGUACCGAAGCUCUGGCUAGAUUCGCCGCGUGAGGUGACAGCACUCUCCUUCUGUCCGUAUGACGGCCGGUUACUUGUUGGUGGUCUUUCCAGCGGUCAGCUUGCCAUCUGGGAGCUGACGGAUGGGCAACUGGAACACACCGGACCACGAAUGGCUGGCCGGGAAGGGAAACAACACGGACAACAUCCAACUCCGGAGAUGUACCGCAACGAGAUUAAACAGCUGCUAGGCAACGCCACACCGACGAACCGUCUGGCCCGUGGCCAUGCGGCUAGUUCCGGCGGGCAGGCCGGCACACUGACGGACGGUGCAGGCGCACCGGAAACACCGUGGCAUGUGCGUCCGGCCGUCAUCAGCGCCCUCGACCGGUCGGCACGCAAACCGAUCACCGUGAUCCGCUGGUUGCCACAGAACUAUCACUGCGUCACCACCGGGCAGCUGCGCGUCAACGGUGCCGAGGACCGACCGGGCCGGUUCCUGCUGACGGCCGCACUGGACGGUACCGUCUCCAUCUGGAACCUUGACCUGUCCGUCCCGGCGGCGCUGUCGACACACGCGCCGGACAAGGAGAAGGCCACCGGUGAGGUAGAUACGGUCGGCGAAAUACCGACCGGCAGUGGACUGGCCCGACUGAACCACCUGUUCCAUCCGACGUUUCGCGUCCGGUGCGAUGUGCCGCUGGUAACGCUCGCUCUGGACGAACAGCCGAUAUCGUUACGGAGCGGUGGACCGUCGGGUGCAUUCCAGCUGCCGCCGGUCAUCUGCAACCAAGCGUUCAUCGCUGGCACCCUGCUCGGUGGGCUGUUCUGGGGCAAGUGGGACGGGUACGAGUUCGAUCAGGGUGCAAUCGUGAACGAGGAGCCGGUGCGCGACCGGGACAACUUUGCGGCGGUCCACAACGGGCCACUGGUGGCGAUCGCACGGAAUACCUUCGUACCGGACGUACUGCUGACGGCCGGCGGUAGUGUGCUAGCCCUCUGGACGGCCGAUUGUCGCCAGUCGCCCAUCUUUUGGCGCCUGAAACCAGUGUCCGUGACCGCCUGCGUGUGGAGUCUCGAUCGACCAUCGGUGUUUUAUGUCGGACUGGCGAACGGUGACCUGGAGAUAUGGGAUCUACAAAUACACACCUCCACUGCCUGCGUGACACUAAACCUCGGUGCGAACGUGUUGUCUAUCAUCACGCAGCAGCAACAUCGCCGUAUACCCCAGCGCCAUCUGGCGGUAGCCGAUGGGAAUUGCAACGUGCGACUACUCAGCGUACCGGCAGCAUUUGCCGAACCGCAUCCAAGCGAACGGAAGCGUUUCCGGCAGCUGAUAAGGGCCGAGCUGGCUCGCAAACACGAUCAGGACGCUUGGGUGCAGCGGUACUACGAGCAGAACCGGGAACAGAUCGAGGCGAAACUCCGCGCGGAACGGGAGGCACGCGAACUGGCCGAACGGCUCGAGGUGGAAAAGCAGGAGCAUGAUGACUUCCUGCGCCGGCAGGCGAUCGAGGAGGCGAAGAAGAAAGCGCUGCGCGAUGCAGAAAAGCGUGUCGAUCUGAGCCGUCGGCUUGAAGGCCGAUGGCGGUCACGCUACUACCGGGCCCUGAUCCGUACGAUGAUGGCACGCCGCCACCUUAGCCCGGAGCUGCUGGCGAAGCAGAUGCAUCCGGAGCGCGAACGGCGCCGGUAUGACGUGCGGAAGCGGGCGACUAUCGGCGAGAGUGUUGCGGCCGCUCCCGAGGACUAUCGGCGCGUUCAGACGUCGCUCGAACCGGGUGAACUUCGGGCUAGGGUAGCGCUAUCGCUCACCGAGGAAGCGGCCCAGUUGCGGGAAACGGUCCGUGCCCGGUUUCGGGAGGAGCUGGCCGACUAUCCUCGCGUCAGCUGGGAAGCGAAGGAGGUCCUGCGUAACUUCCGCUUACCACUCGAGCUGGACAGUGUGGUCAGCAUCGUUGCGAAAGGUCGUGCCCGCCGGGAGCUGGUGCUUUCGGACGACCACGGCAAUCUGGAGCAUCUGCAGUCGUACCUGGCGAAACAGACGGCACGCGGUUCAGCUGUUGGAGACGGCGGUAUGGACGGUCCCGGCAAUGGCGACGAAGCGGAGACCGCCGUUACAAACGUCAGCCCCGAGGCACGACGCACCGUUGGGUUACAGCGUGCCCGCUCGGUGACGUUUAUUGACGACGUGCCGAAACCGAGUCCCGACCUACAGGGUUAAACAGGUUGAAACGGUACCUUAACCGGAGUUCCCAUCCCUAAUACGGGAGACAAAGACAUACAAGUCCCGUUAGGCGCGUUUUUUCUUGUGCUGGUGACACGACACCUGAGUAGUCAAGUUCGAACUGUUUUUCGGCAUAGCGGUACUUUUCGCGCCAUCCAGUGACGCAAUCGACCGACUUCCAGAACCAAACCAAGAUGGAUAACGAAAUGUCGACAGAAUUCCAGAUGAGGCGUUAGGCCGUAGAUUCAAAGCCCUUUUCAGGGGAAAAAAACAUGCCCAGGGAAUAGACGAUGUAUGUUAACGUGCCUGGAAAUAAAUGUUAGCCAAUUUCUAAUCUCAAUCACCAAGAAGACACGAUUCCAAAUGAUCCAUUACAAUGCAUCCCGAAAGUCUAAUAUGGUGAAGCUAUUGAAAGAUGAAUGAUUCGCUAAUGGCUGACAAGGGUGGGCAGCAUAAUAUUAAAAAUUUGAAGUUGUUUAGACACUCCACCCAAUGCAAACACCACACGCGUUACGUUACGAUAUUACCAUACACCUUCAUUUCUUUGCCAAAACAAAAAAAAUCAAAAUGUCAAAAUUAACCACCAACUCCGCCUCCGCCUCACAACGCUAAAUGGCGUUAGAUUUAUCGCACCCCCACAAAUUCCUCAUUAGCUGAACAAGCUUUACGGCGAUUGAUUGUGCUUUUGUUUGCUUAGGCACCACUUGUUUAGACCGCUGAAUACCUGCUGUUGACAAAUUGUGCACUUACAACACCCUGGUGUCGUUUCGCACUUUUAUAGUGUCUGGGCAACUACUUCUUCUGCUGCGUUCAACUUGGGUGAUGGUGUGUAGUUUGGGAAGAACUUCAUAUAUGCUGAAGACUGAAGAUCCAUUAGGCCGCAUGGAGAAAUUGCACCUUCUUUGUGCGGUUGCUUCAUGUGCCGUACAUGUGCCGUAAGGCACCAAUAUGUACAUGGUUACGCGAAACAAGGUAAGGUGGCGUGUGUUAUUGCGCAUGGAUUAUAAUACACAUUGAACAUUGGUUUUGCGCUAUGUGGAAACGACACACGAGCUGCAAUCUGAAUUUAGCCGAAAAAAGCUUCUACCUUUUUUGGAAACUGUUUUCCCACGCGGAGACCAGCGGUCUGGCAAGGACAUCUUAGCUUUAUCACAGACAGGGCAGUUACGCAUGGUGCAUUGGUUACGCUUCAUUCAUUUUUCUGACGCGUUACGCGUGACAAGAUACAACCGCAUAGUCGGAAAUGCGAGUGUCGUCUAGCAUUUCCUUCCAAUACUGCUCUUUACCGUCAAGAUAUCCGGACAAGAAGUGAAUCAAAACGAUACCCUUCAAUUUGGGAUGGCCUUGACUUUACGUUGGUUGUGAUGGUAACGGUAUUGCCCUCAGAUGAAAGUAGUCUAAGAGCCUCAAAAUCUCCAAAAAACAAUAAAAACAACAACCUGUUGUUAAAUUUCCCUUCCCAAGGGUCACGAAUGGCAUUGAUGGCUCAGUUGUUCCUGUCGAGAAUUGUCGACGACACAAAGGUUCCAUUAUGGCUGCGAGUGAAUCUUGAUCUGGAAACGUGUUCUCCUCAAAUUUCAACAGAAAACCUACAGCGAAACGUUCGAACGUACAUAUUGCUAGGAGCAAGGUUACAGAUCACGAAUCUGGAUCAUGUUCUGCCGCUUCAUCUAGUGCAAAGUCUUCACAGCAGAUGCCCUUACGGUAGACAUUCUCGCACAAGAUCUGGCACACACUGCCUUGGAUGCCGUCCACUUAACUGUUGGGAGACAUUUAGACAACGUCUACCACGUUUUGCCACAUCGUUCCUUUCGCUCAGGGCGAUCAGGGCGUUAUCCGUACCAGGGAGGGUUUUGAAUGGUGCUCCAUUUUUCCGGUGAUCGUAUGGUGUGGUAAGAAGCCGCCCUUCGGAUUGAGCGAUUACGCACCUAGACGACGCACUUGCCCGACCACAGCACGAGUCAUGCAUGUCAAUGUUGCUAUUUUUAUUACUACCCUUUUUUUUGUCUGCAGACUCCAACGCUUCGUCGACGUGUCGGUUGCAUUCAACCGGAAGGUUUGUUGCGAACGGGACCCCCCCUCAAAAAGGCGUACAUCCAAUGCUCAAGUCACCAUUAGUGGAUGGUAGGUACCCCUUGCUUCUCCCACCCUAAUGAGCUACGAACAUGCUCGGAAUAUGACAAGACGGCUAGCGCGACUGACAGUAGACCAAAGCGAGAAAAAUAAAACAAGUGCGUCAGAGCGAGAGAGAGAGAGAAACAGAGAGCUACGAAGACGGAUGAAAACGAAAGAAAAACCCCAGCGAAAUGGAAGCCCCAA